GAGCUGCUGUGCGGAAGCAGCUCCUGCAGGCUGCUGUGGUUUGCCCCAAGCUAACUAGCAGGCAGCCAGCCCUACACUACGGGGAGGAAGGCUGCAGCUAGUAAGCAGUAAAACCUCUCUACGUUUAACAUGUAAUUUGUAGGGCUUACAUUCCUAAAUUACUGGCUAACUUUCAGUUGACAACACAGCUGGGAGAACCCUGACGGCUGCCUCGCACUCCCUACGACCGUGUAAAAAUGUCAGCUUUCUCUGAGGCAGCUUUAGAAAAGAAACUAUCGGAGCUCAGCAACUCACAACAAAGUGUGCAAACGCUGUCGUUGUGGCUCAUUCAUCAUAGAAAACAUUCAAGGACCAUUGUCAGUGUUUGGAUUAACGAACUGAAAAAAGCUCCGGUAUCACGAAAGCUGACCUUCUUGUACUUGGCCAAUGACGUCAUUCAGAACAGCAAGAAGAAAGGACCAGAGUUCACUCAGGACUUUGCUCCAGUCAUCGUUGAAGCAUUCAAACAUGUAAACAGAGAUGGAGAGGAGGGCUGUAAGAAACAGUUGGGUCGGGUGUUGUCCAUCUGGCAGGAGCGAGCUGUGUACGAGAACAACCUGCUGGAUCAGCUCUCACAGGUCCUCUAUGGCGAAAAGAAGGCUAAGAAGAGGACUUAUGAGGAGAUCCGACCAGCUGAUGAGGACUUUGCUUCCCAGAGUUCCCCAACCGAGCCCCCACAGACAGCAGAGUUAAUCCGAGCCCUGCAAGAGCUGGAAAAUGCAGCCUCUGGCGACUCCGUGCUGCGUCAGCGUAUUUCCUCCCUUCCUGCUGAGGUGCAAGACACGUCGCUACUUCACAGGAUCACAGAUAAGGAGUCAGGAGAGCGGCUUUCCCGGCUGGUGGAGGAGGCCUGCAUGCUGCUAGCAGACUACAGCGGCCGCUUGGCUGCAGAGAUCGAUGAUAGGAGGCAGCUCACACGCACACUAACGGUCUUCCUGCAAAGCCAGAAGGACGGCCUGACCCAGAACGAGCAGAAACUUGAAGAAUACAAACGCAAACUGGCGAGGGUGACCCAGGUCCGUAAGGAGCUGCGAUCCCGUCUGAACAAUCUUCAAUGACGACUCCUCAUCUCUUAGGCUGACUGAAGUUUCUCCUCCUGAUCACCUACUGCUGGCCUCCCGCUACUGAAACUGCUCAACCUCUCUCCUAAAUAUUUGAGUGACUCUGCCAUAAUCCUCUGUUCUUAUUUUUGGAAAGUUUUGUCUGUAACACAUUAUUUAUCCACAUGGCUUCAAAUAACAGAAAUGUCUUCUCUUUUCUGUGUGCUCAUCUCUUUUUGCUGUAUGCUAUCAGUACUUUUUAAUUCAAGAUUCCUUAUCAUCAGGCCCUUCAUGCUUUGGCCCCUACAUUUCACAGCGUUAAAGUGGCAUGGGUGACACUGUUGUGAUAUUUUUGUAUUUAAAAUGACUGAAGAUAAUGCACAAGAGAAUAUCCCUUUAGUUUGUUUAUUUCUAAUCAUUUCUGGUGUUUUGGAUAACUGUCAUCAUUUUCUUUUACUAUACCUGUGCAAAUGCAUCUGUCUUUCUCUUGGUUAUAGAUCAGUGUUUUAUGGAGUGCGAUAAGUUCGCUGAUGUGAAAAGUGUACUUGUGAAACCAUAUUCUGAUUAGUUAGCCAUGUUUCUGAAAACAAACCAAAUUAUGUAAUUAUCAUUUACAUGAAGCCUCAUUGUGAGAAGAGUCAUUUAUGGGUCAUUGUACAAAUUUGCAUUGGCAUGUAAAUGAUGGGAGUUAUACAUGUAAGUUCUGGUGGUGAUGGGGAAAUAGUCAUCAAAAUACCAUGCCCGGCCAAAAAAAAGGUCACAAGCCUGUGGGGGGAAGUGCUAUGAUCUGGGGUUGCUGCAGUUGGUCUGGUCUAGGUCUACCUGAAUAUACUGAAUGACCAGGUUAUUCCAUCAAUGGAUUUUUUCUUCCCUGAUGGCAUGGGCAUGUUCCAAGAUGACAAUGGCAGGAUCCAUCGGGCUCAAAUUGUGAAAGAGUGGUUCAGGGAGCAUGAGACAUCAUUUUCACACAUGGAUUGGCCCCCACAGAGUCCAGACCUGAACCCGAUUGAGAAUCUUUGGGAUGUGCUGGAGAAGACUUUACGCACUGGUCUGAAUCUCCCGUCAUCAAUACAAGAAAAAAAAAAAAUUAAUGCAACUCUGGACAGAAAUAAAUGUUGUGACAUUGCAGAAGCUUGUGGAAAGGAUGCCACAGCGAAUUUAUGCCGUAAUCAAAGCUAAAGGCGGUCCAACGAAUAUUAAGUGUGACCUUUUUUUUGACCGGGCAGUGUACAUUACUGAAGUUUCUCUCUUAACAUCUGUAUUGUUGCUCAGACCUCCACUGUCCUGAAAGGAGUCUGUUUACUGUAUCAUACUGCUUCAUAGAUUUAUCCUUAAGUCCACACUGAAUGCUGUGCUGAUGCCUCACACAGCUUGAUAGGUGCCCAAAGCCAGACUUAAGCUAGUUGUUUUUGUACAUAUGGAUUAAAUUCUUCUUAGAACCAAAUAAACAGAAAAUCAAAAAAUA